AUGAAUGACAUAGAACAACUUGCAGAUACUCACGUGCUAUGGCAUUGCUGUGGCUGUGGUACUACCCUCUAUUCCCCCUCUUUCAUAGUUAGAGGUGUUUAUUGCCACAUUUGCUGGGAAGAGAAGAGGCUCUUGCUUCGCACCUUUGGACCUUGCAUAUGGGUCAAGCAGCUUUCUUGUAAGCUUGAUAUACAGAUACCCCCUUCUACACAGUCUUCCGGCAGUGUAAAGCAGACGCACGAGUUUCUAUACAAUGGUUUGCUCCUGAGUAGCACCUUUUAUGAAAUAUGUUCCUCCGACCUUCUAAACAACGACGUGUCUUUUGUGGUAGACAUUCACUAUAGCCCAGAUCCGAUAUCUUCGUCUGAAGCGUCGCAGCUUCUCUCUCCCUCCAUGUAUAUGCCGGGGCUCACCAACCAAGGGAUGACGUGCUAUAUUAACGUUACCUUACAGGCGUUGUUCUCACUUCCUAAAUUCCGGUAUUUAGUUAUUACAUCACGUGAAGGAGCACAAAACUUUCUGACGGAGUUGCAAACUCUAUUUACUGAAAUGCUGGUCAACGCGCUUGCCCUGAAGACUGCGCUCUGUAGUGAAGCUAUCAUUCCCAGUAUAAGUACUACUUUUCAAGCCCUUGAUACACAGAAGUUUAUCUCUUUUCUCAGUACACUGUUGCCUGAUAUAAAUGCUCAAGGAGACGCUCAGGAAUUCAUCUUGUUUAUGUUUGAUCAGUUGCGGAACACUCCGAUAGAAUCAGAUAUUCACAAGCUCUUCUUGAUAGAGGGCUAUAAGCUCAUAGAAAGGGGAAAGAAGCCGGGUGUUUCCACAGACUCCACUUCAAAAGAUAUAGUGCCCCAGCAUGACCUUUUUAUAAAUGUUCCAGCGCCAUUAACCGGAAAGCUGGAUGAUAGCCUCCGCACGCUUUUUGAAAAGGAAAAUCUGAUGCAUAACAAUGUUUCUCAGACAGCAGUCACUUAUACAAUCAAGAGGUUGCCGGAUGUUCUUAUCAUUUCGCUUCAGAGAUCAAUCUACAAUCCAAAGAAAGCAGCUGUUGAAAAAGAUAUGUCACCAAUUAGGCUAUCUGAGCGCCUGGAUUUAUCAAAGGUCCAAGGCGCUACGGAGUUUCUAAGUGACGCGGAUAGCAAGUACAUAUUAGUCUCAGUCAUAACUCAUCAGGGAACAAGCGGCCACGGACAUUAUCUUGCAUAUGUGCUUCCCUAUCUAUAUGUUCCUUCGGAUCAGCCACUGUCUGUCGCACGUGCCUCAGACAUGGAGUCAGAUUUGUUGACAGAUGAGACUCUGGUUGGUCCCUCAUGUAACUUAUCCCUUUCCGAUGUACGCUGCUAUAGAAUUAGUGACUCUCAUAUAUCGUUAGUUGAUAUAACAAGAGUACUGUCAAUUGACAACCAGAAGAAAGAGACAAUAUAUAUGCUGUUCUAUAUGAGGGUCUCUGCAUUCCAGCACAUAUGUAGAUCAAAUAAGUAUCCGAUUGAGAAGAUUUAUUGGCAGCAAGUACAGAAGCACAGGUCCACUUUGAAGCAGCUAACUACGUUGUCGACCAAACAACAUACGAGGAGAGUCUCAGUCCUAUCACAAAGGCUAACUGGUGUCUCUCCUGACGGUAUUAUCACUAUCACACCCACUACCUAUGAACUUCCUUGUUUCGCUGGGUUGGAGUUUCUUCGCAAUCGGGGAUGCGCACCGGAUUGGUCUGCAGUCUCAAUUUACCCCCUCUUUGUUAAAAAUAAUAAGAUCCUUUGCAUUCAAAAGCCUCUUAAUUAUUCUUGUAAUAUUACGUGGCCUAUAGUAGAUAUAGAGCAGAAAACUAGUUCUUCUAGUUGUCACGGAGAACAGACGCUGUGGUACUUCACAACGCAAAAAGCAAGUUAUAAUUCGCAGCUCUUCUUCUUAAUAUUAUACCUAACAAAGGAGGACAUUGUUCUGAUUCGCAGACUCAUAGCAACAGUGUCACCGGACCUUUCUCUUCCUUCAUGUUCUGUUCUAGCUAGUGGAUGCACACUUUUAGGAGAGCUUAUAACUGACCAGGCUACAAAGACAAAUGUUGCAUCGUUGGCGAAGCGUACUUUUAUAAGAUAUGUUCUCGAAGCGUGCCAUCAGAGCUCACCAGAUUCUUCUAAUGAAAAACUGAUGGCCGAACUUGACUUUCGUCUCUAUUAUAAAAGAUCACAGGACCACCAGCUCUCUCCCAUAGAACGACAGACAGAGCCAGUAGCCUCUGGAAUGCUCUAUUUGGGUCUAGACCCGAGCAAUCCGGUAUCAGAAGCAUCUGGAUCAUGCAUAGACCGAGCACCUUCCUUUAAAGAGUUUAUCUAUGAAGUUAACGACAGGGUAGAACUGAGCUUAGAACCACUUGAGCUGGAAACAUGUCCCCCCGUAGGAAUGCAUGCUCUCAAGUUAGCAGGUCUGUUCAUGAUGCCUCUGUCACGCGCGGUAGUUCAACAGAUUCCUCUAUAUUUAGAAUAUGUUAAUAAGUAUCCGUCCACACACUAUACUCUUGAGGUAACACCCUGCUCAGAUCUUUUUCCGUCGAUAAAAGUAAUGGUGUCUCCAAAGUGUACCUUGGAAGAGAUUUCGCAUGAUCUGUACACGAAGAUUGUAGAGCAACCGCUUGUACGGAUAAUUGAGUAUGGUACUAAAAUCUGUGUUGCCACAAUUAAUUUUAAAGAAGUUAUUGACUUUCUCCAGAUUGAUCUUCCAGAGUGCCUUCGAGGAGAAAGUUGUGCGUUGAACAUAUACAAGCAUGACGCGUACAUACACGAAAAGGUCUCAACUCCAGCUGAUGAACACGUAGCAUUUUUGUCUGAAUCAUCUCGCGCAAGAUCUAUUGACUUCCAAGGAAAAUCAGAUGUUUUGCGAAUGAUUGGAUUGUUCACCAUUAACGAGCGUAGUUGUGUGUCGACAAAUCAGCUUUUUGUAAAUCCAGUACAGCGGGGACUUACUACGAUAGAAGAUAUACUACCAAAAAAAGCCGAUCCCUCAAAACUGUUAGACAGCGGUAUCUUUUCGUUGUCUCCUACCAGCCUGAGAAAAAGAUUUUGCUUUGGACCAGGAGCACAGCAAACUCGGCAAUCAUAUAUCGGCCCACAUGCGAGUAGUGAACCCUGUGUAGAUGCAAGGACCAUUCGGUUAAAGUAUGCUUUCUCUAGAGUCCUCUACUCACGCAUAGCCUCCGUUCGUCCAGUAAGAGUUCUUCUUGUAGUGCACAACCUUCCGAUGGCAGACCUCAUUAUGCCGAUGCCCAGAGAACAAGGGUGGCAGAAUAUAAAAAUGUUAAUGGCUCAACUGCGCGACUUUCUCUACGCCCUAUUUCAUUACCAGGAGCGUCACGAAUACACAUACAUACUGUCUCUUGCAGAUGUCAACGGGUGUAUAUGCUCAUUCUUGGAGGAUCUGAGCCUGUCUCUGCUGACCGUGCGAGGCAAUCCCAUAAAUAUAAAUGGUAUUCUGAGAUGUGAUGUAUGUGAAAAGCGUCCUAACACAAUAUUAUAUUAUAAAACUGAAACUGAAGGAUACACUGGGAUCGGACAGGUCCUCACUAUUGAUAGAGAAGAUCCUGAGGCAGUUAUUAGCGCUCUGCGUGUUUCUCAUGAAUAUGCUAGCUUGUUUCUCGCCACUAGUAAGCGCUCUCCUAACAUGCAGGUGACACUAAAUGGAUAUAAUCCCCACGCAAGGCUGCUCUGGGCGCCCCAAAACAUAUACUCUACCUUUCAAGACGAGCUGUUGCUAGCCUCGCAAAAUAUGACUGGCACGAUGCUGUUUAAGACCGAACAUUCAAUCAUAAGCGAUACCAAUAGCAAAGAUAAGGUGUGUGAGAAAGUAGAAAUAUGGACUUGCAGGCUCCAGCAUAAGUUUUCAGAGGUAAUACCGGGAGAUGAUAGACUCCUACUUGCACACGCACGCGCACAGAAAGGACCUAAUUUAUAA